GUUUUGCCUACGAAAAAAUGCACCACAACGAAAUGACGGAAAUAAAUGCUGGAACGUAGCGGUUUUCUGUCUGAAGCAUCGCACCAUCGUAUCACAUGUUUGUUCCGUUUUUCUUUUAUCAAGAUCACAGAUACUAAGUCACGAUGGAUGUACCAUGGACUUAUAUCAAUAAGGACUAACCCGGCUUUUGCCUGGUAAAGAAUUCAGGGGAAAUAUGUCCAACAUACUUGAUGCAGCGCGCAGAAUGAAAUUGGACCGGACGACUGCUGCGAAGCGAGCAAUCUUUCUCGCGGCCGCAGCAUACGGGGUGAAAACCCUGUACCCCAUCGUCUGCAGACAAUUUGCUAAACGGAAAGAAUGCAGAAAGACGGACAGAGGUUCAAAAGGAGGGGAAAAUGGCUCUACAGUUAUUGUUAAAACAGAAACAGAUGCACUGACUUAUAAAACGUCGCCUGGGGUAAACGCUGAAUUUUUUAAACAGAUACUUGAACUGAUAAAAAUCCUAUUUCCUAAGCUCGUCUCUAAAGAGCUCGGUUUGCUCUCUCUUCAUUCGGUCGCAUUGAUUUCCCGGACGUUUCUGUCUAUUUACGUCGCAGGCUUGGAUGGCAAGAUUGUAAAAACAAUCGUUGAAAAAGAACCACGCAGCUUCAUCAUCCAGCUGAUGAAAUGGCUCCUUAUUGCCAUCCCAGCUACAUUCGUGAACAGCGCUAUCCGCUACCUUGAGUGCAAGCUGGCCCUGGCCUUUCGCACAAGGCUAGUGGACCAUGCGUACACCACCUAUUUCACCGACCAAACCUACUAUAAAGUCAGCAACAUGGACGGGAGACUGACCAACCCGGACCAGUCUCUUACCGAGGAUGUUAUGAUGUUUUCCCAGUCCGUGGCACAUCUAUAUUCGAACCUCACCAAGCCCAUCUUGGAUGUGAUGCUCACUUCCUAUACUCUCAUCCAGACUGCACGGUCCAGGGGUGCCAACGCCAGCGGUCCGACCCUGCUUGCCGGGUUGGUUGUGUUCUGCACGGCCAAGGUUCUGAGGGCCUGUUCGCCUAAAUUCGGAAAGCUAGUAGCCGAGGAGGCCCACAGGAAAGGCCAUCUACGCUACGUGCAUUCCAGGAUCAUUGCCAAUGCAGAGGAGAUAGCCUUCUACAGGGGCCACAAGGUGGAGAUGCGUCAGCUGCAGAAAUGCUACCGUGCCCUGGCGAAGCAGAUGAACCUGAUCCUGUCCAAGCGUCUGUGGUACAUAAUGAUAGAGCAGUUCCUCAUGAAGUACGUGUGGAGCGGCUGUGGACUGGUCAUGGUGGCUGUGCCCAUCAUCACUGCUACCGGCUUCGCUGACUGUGAGACUGCAGAUGGUCAAACUCAGGUGCUGGUGAGUGAGAGGACAGAAGCUUUCACUACCGCACGUAACCUCCUGGCCUCUGGAGCGGAUGCCAUUGAGAGGAUCAUGUCCUCAUAUAAAGAGGUCACAGAGUUGGCGGGGUACACAGCGCGCGUCCACAACAUGUUCCUGGUAUUUGGCGAGGUGCAGAGGGGUGUUUACAAGCGCUCGUCUGUUUCAACCACAGGAACAGCAGAGAAGAAGAACGUGGCAAGGCCAGAGAUGCACAUCGAGGGGCCUCUGGAAAUCAAAGGCAGAGUCAUUGAUGUGGACAAUGGGAUUGUGUGCAACAGUGUCCCAAUCAUCACUCCCAAUGGAGACAUUGUGGUCUCCAGCCUUAACUUCAAGGUUGAGGAGGGGAUGCACCUGUUGAUAACAGGUCCGAAUGGCUGUGGGAAGAGUUCUCUGUUCAGGAUCCUCAGUGGGCUGUGGCCGGUCUAUGGGGGUCUUCUCCAUAAACCAUCCCCACAACACAUGUUCUACAUACCACAGAGGCCGUACAUGUCCAUAGGGACGCUCAGGGACCAGGUGAUCUACCCUGACUCUCUGGAGGACAUGCAUAACAAAGGCUACAGAGACAAGGACCUGGAGGUCAUACUCGACAUUGUUAACCUCAAUCAAAUUGUGACCCGAGAAGGAGGUUGGGAUGCAGAGAUGGACUGGAAGGAUGUGUUGUCCGGGGGUGAGAAGCAGAGGAUGGGCAUGGCUCGCAUGUUCUACAACAGGCCAAAGUACGCCCUGUUGGAUGAGUGCACCAGUGCUGUCAGCAUCGAUGUUGAGGGAAAAAUAUUCCAGGCAGCAAAGGAUGCUGGGAUAUCCUUGCUGUCUAUCACCCAUAGGCCCUCCCUCUGGAAGUACCACACUCACCUGUUGCAGUUUGAUGGCGAGGGAGGAUGGAGGUUUGAGCAGCUGGACACUGCCACGCGCCUCUCCCUGACCGAGGAGAAGCAACGCCUUGAGUCCUCACUGGCUGGAAUACCCAAGAUGCAACACAGACUCAACGAACUCUGCAAGAUCCUUGGAGAGGACUCAGUUCUCAAAACAGCCGGAGCAGAAGAAGUGACAGAAGAAAUAUGAAAGUAUGGAACUAUUUCAUUUAACAGUUGUCUAGAAAAGUGAAAGUAUUUUCUGUUUUUGAACACACACUGAACAAUUGUGUAUGCCCAGACAUUUCCAGUUUUGGGUUUUAUAAAUCAUCAAAAAUUUUGGUUUAGAUGUUUUCAUCGCUGGAUGGAUUGAGAGAUUUACUGUCUCUGACAAACUGUGACAAACAGUUUGUUUUUGUUUGAACAAUGUUGUAUAGUUUAAUUAUUAGCACUUUACUCAGUAUUAGAAGGCACAUUUUAUUUCUGUACUUUUGAGUGCUAAAGUAGUACAAUUUUUAUUAGAAAGGAUUAUAGAACAGCGAAACUUACUGAAACACAGGAUUUUACAAUCAGCAAGCUGUUCAUGAAGGUCAAAGCUACUCACAAGGAUUUUUGGGAGUCCAAUUGCCCUAAAUGAAUGCACCACACCUUUAUUUAAUGGUCUCCAUUUUUGUAAUCUUGUUAAGACCUAAUUUCAUUGCAGAAUGUGUGGCAGACCCGCAUCUGCAGUAAAAUCAUACAUAAUACUAUACCUCAUCCUAACUAUUUAGUUACCAGGUUCAAAUUCCCCCCUUCCAUUGACUUCACGGUGCACUUUGGGGACCGCAGACCUGAUUUGCCUUUGUUAGCUCAGGCUUAAAGAUGGCUAUAGCAGGGGGCUAUUAGUGGACAUUACAGCGUUAGUGACACAGCUGUGUUUCAGCUCUGCUUUACCGGACAAGUACAAUGGAUUCCGAGGCUCUCUGUCUUGUCACCAGCAGAGCGUGACGGGUUGGCUGGACUAGGCUCAUACACACGUGCGCACGUAUGCCCGCGGGCACACACGC